UUCAAGAACUGACAAUUUGAAAUUUGUGGUCGCAGAGGCUGGACUGAGGAGCAGCUAGACGGAGAAGGAGAACAGACAAAGAUCUGGACUAUUUGGCUUGACAACAAAGAAAGUUGUUGCAAUGGAGGACGGAGCCCAGCUGCAGUGCUGUGUGACGGUGGAACAGCUUAACACCUCCGGACAGGCCACCCGGAGACAGGUCAUCCGGAAAGCCUCUGUUAUUCUGGGCCGAAAUGAGUUCCAGGAGAUCAUCCUCCGACUCCACGAUGGAAAAAUCCCUCAAAGUUACCGUCUGAGAGAAUUCAAGCUGUUCACAAAGUUUGCCAGAGAAGGGAAGUGCACUGUCAAACUUCUGCCGGAAAACAUCCAGGUGCUCAUGUCCAAUUGUCCUCCAGACAAGCUGAACCUCUUCCUGAAAACCCUGAGCAUCAAACACCAGGCCUGGCAGGCCAGCAAGCCUUUGAGUGACAGGGAGAAGCUCAAAGCUGGCCUGCCCCGCAGCUUCGAGACCAUCAGUCCCCUGCAGCAGAAAGAUAUCCAGAAAGUGAAUGAGCUGAGGAGUAAAGCUGCUCCUAAAGGCCUGAGUGACUGCACCAAUAAGACAGCAGUGGCAGGGACAGGACAGCAGGUCAAGAGGCCGAGGAGUGACACAAACUUCAGCCCAGUGAAGUCCAACCCAAGUAAAAAGCCCAUCCUUUCUCUGCCAACACGAAAGCUGAAUAAAGAUCAGGCUGCUGUCUUGAGCGCAGUGCUGAGUGGGAAAAACGUUUUCUUCACUGGAAGCGCCGGUACUGGAAAGUCCUUCUUACUUAAGAGGAUCAUGGGAUCUCUCCCUCCAAAGAGCACCUUUGCCACAGCCAGCACAGGAGUGGCUGCUUGUCACAUCGGGGGAACAACAUUACACAACUUUGCUGGUAUUGGUUCAGGUUCGGCCCCUCUGGAGCAGUGCAUCGAGCUAGCUCAGAGACCCGGCGUGCUGCAGCACUGGACCAGCUGCAGACAUCUGAUCAUUGAUGAGGUCUCCAUGGUGGAGGCUGAGUUCUUCGACAAACUUGAGUCUGUGGCCAGGUCUGUGAGGAGGUCUACAGAGCCAUUUGGAGGCAUCCAGCUGAUCGUGUGUGGGGAUUUCCUCCAGCUGCCUCCUGUGUCCAAAGGGAAAGAGAAGGCACGUUUCUGCUUCCAGGCCAGGAGUUGGCGGAAGGUCAUCCAGCUCAACAUGGAGCUUACAGAGGUGCGAAGGCAGACAGACCAGACUUUUAUCUCCCUCCUGCAGGCAGUGAGGGUGGGCAGGGUGACAGAGGAAGUCACUGCUAAGCUGUUGAAGAGUGCCUAUCAUCAAAUCGAGAGGGACGGCAUCCUCGCCACGAGGCUGUGCACACACAAGGAUGAUGUCGAGCUCACAAACGAGAACAAACUUCAGCAGCUUCCAGGCUCAGUGCGUGUGUUUGAGGCUCUGGACAGUGACCCGGCUCUGGUGAGGAUGACUGACGCUCACACUCCUGUUAACAGGUUAAUCCAACUCAAAGUGGGAGCACAGGUCAUGCUGACCAAAAACCUGGAUGUUGCUCGUGGUCUGGUGAAUGGAGCACGAGGAGUCGUGGUUGGGUUUGAGCCUGGAAAACAUGGACUCCCACGGGUGCGUUUCCUGUGCGGCAUCACAGAGGUGCUGAAGCCUGAGCGCUGGGUGUUUAAGUCCGGUGGGGGGAUCAACCUCACUCGACAACAGCUGCCGCUCAAAUUAGCCUGGGCCAUCUCUAUCCACAAGAGCCAGGGGAUGACCCUGGACUGUGUGGAGAUCUCUCUGGCUCGCGUGUUUGAGAGCGGACAGGCAUAUGUCGCUUUGUCUCGGGCUCGGAGCCUCGAGGGUCUGAGGGUCAUGGACUUUGAUCCCCAUGUGGUCAGAGCAGAUCCAGAUGUGCUCGUCUUUUACAAAAGACUGAGGAAGGAGAGGUUGCUCACACAGGCCUCCAUGGACGAUUUUGUUGACAAAGAGAACUACUGGCGAUGAAGUGAAUUCAUCAUCUUUUGGGAUAUUAUGCACUGUGUGCAUGACUUAUCUGUAUUUUAUCAACCUUUUUUAUUCCUGAAUGACCUCAAACGCACAUCAACAAUCAGUGUCUACCUCAGUCUGCUUUAACUGGUGGGAUAAAGAGUCACACUGCCACCCUGUGGUUCAUACUGUAUUUUUAAACUGUUUUUAAGAGCUUGUUUUUAAAGAACCAUGAUUUCUUAUUUAUUGUGAUUUUAAACAUGUUUGCAAAUAAAGUUUUUAGUCAACCUUUA